AUGACAAUCGAAACCGGUCUCGAUGGGUGGCUGCGGUACGCUGCGCUUUCCACGGCAUUGAGCAGCACCCAGCAGCGUUAUUCGAGCAUCAUUGUCCUGAACACAGAUGAGACGAGCCCGGUUUACACGGCUGGAAAAGAGCUACAAGAUGGGCUGAAACGUAUUCUUGGCCAGAAGAUUGACAUCCACUGUCAAUUGACAAGUGAACCUUCGUCAUCGAUCGUCGUCGGAACCCUUGACUCGUUCUCUUCGGCCGGUGGUAAUACAAAUGGCAUUCCGGUACUCAAGGAGGAUGGUUUCUGGCUGAAUACCCAUGCCGGCAACAGCUGCGUCCACAUCAUCGGUCAGAAUGAAUGUGGUGCUAUAUACGGUGCCUUUGAGUACCUCAUGCGUCUGGCACAAGGAAACUUUGCUCCUAUUGCGUCUGCAAACAACCCGAGUGCACCUAUCCGAUGGGUCAAUCAGUGGGACAACCUUGACGGAAGUAUCGAGCGAGGAUAUGCAGGGCCAUCUAUCUUCUUCAGAGAUGGUGAGGUCAUGAAAGACAUGACCCGCAUAUCUCAGUUUGCUCGGCUCCUCUCGUCCAUCCGCGUCAAUGCCGUCGUCGUCAACAACGUCAAUGCAAACCCGAAGCUUUUCAGCGAGUCGAAUCUCGAUGGCCUAAGUCGCAUUGCAGAUGCCAUGCGCCCAUGGGGAGUACGGAUUGGUAUCUCAUUAUACUUUGACUCGCCCAAAGAGUUUGGUGGACUACCUACCUCUGACCCCUUAGACCCCGCUGUCAACGACUGGUGGCACAAGAUCACAGCAAAGGUAUACCAGAAGGUUCCAGAUCUUGUCGGAUACACCAUCAAGGCCAACUCGGAGGGUCAGCCAGGACCCCUGACGUACAACCGUACCUUGGCCGAUGGUGCCAAUAUGUUUGCUCGAGCCUUGAAACCUCACGGUGAUGGCGUCGUCAUGUAUCGCGCCUUUGUUUACAACCAUCACCUCGAUGAGUCUGUGUGGAAACAUGAUCGUGCCAAUGCGGCGGUUGAUUACUUCAAGGAGCUAGAUGGGGAGUUUGAUGACAAUGUCAUUGUCCAGAUCAAAUGGGGCCCUAUCGACUUCCAAGUUCGCGAGCCGCCCUCUCCCUUGUUGGCCAACCUUCGCAAGACUAAAGCUGCCAUCGAGUUCCAGGUUGCCCAGGAGUAUCUCGGCCAACAGUCUCAUUUUGUUUAUAUGGCUCCUCUGUGGAGAGAGAUACUCGAUUUCGACAUGAGAAUCGAUGGUGGUGCCUCUCGCAUCCGCGACAUUGUCUCUGGUGAACGCCUUGGGUGGAACCGCAGUGGCUAUACGACGGUUCUCAACAUCGGAAGUGAUACAACUUGGAUCGGACAUCAUCUCUCCAUGUCCAACCUCUAUGCCUACGGUCGUAUAGCCUGGGACCCGCUCUCAGACCCAGUCUCCAUCAUUCAAGAAUGGACCCGUCUCACCUUUGGUCUCGACGAGACCAUCGUUGACACUAUCACAAAGAUAUCAAUGGAGUCAUGGCCUACCUAUGAGAACUAUAGCGGAAACCUAGGUAUCCAGACCCUCUGCGACAUCAUAUACACCCACUACGGUCCAAGCCCAGGCUCCCAAGACGGUAACGGCUGGGGUCAAUGGACACGGGCCAACGCGCAUUCUAUUGGCAUGGAUCGGACGGUCGCUACUGGAUCUGGGAACUCAGGCCAAUACCCCCCGAGGUCGCUGCAAGAUUUGAGGACAUCGAAUCGACCCCUGAUAACCUUCUUCUCUGUUAUCCAACAUUUCUAUGAUGCACACUAUGAAGGUGCCGCGCAUGCCCAAACCUUCCCUUUGGAGUGGGCAAAAUUGAAGGGGCUGAUUGAUGAACAUCGUUUUGAGCAUGUUGCAUUCAAAUUGCAGUAUCAGGCUGGUCAUGCUCUUGUCUGGCGGGACAGCGUUAACUACUUCUACUUCGCGAAAUGUGGUAUUCCGGAUGAGAGAAACCGUGUCGGAAAUCACCAAUGGCGUAUCGAGGCCGAAGACAUGCAGUUGUCUGGUUACAAGGUCGUUUCUGUCACACCCACCGAGGCAGCAUCUGGGGGAAAGGCCAUCAUCACCGAAACAAACGAGGCGCCCGGGACUGCCCAGAAGGAACUUGCAUUCCCGUCUGGUACAUACGAUAUUGCUGUAAACUACUUUGACCAUCUAGGUGGACGGGCCAAGUACGAGGUUUUCCUCGGCGAGAAAUUGAUUGGAACUUGGACUGGUGAUCUGGAAGACAAGCUUGGACAUGAUUUCUCGGAGUACUUGGAUGGUCACUCGGCAACCAGAGUUACCUUCUAUGGAGUUAAGGUGGAAAAGGGCGACUGGCUGAAAAUCGUCGGUCAACCUGAUGGCAGUGAGCUUGCGCCUCUGGAUUAUGUUUCCAUUCUGCCCGAAGGUACCAUUGAUUAA